AUGUCACAACAGGGGCAGGGCUUCUGUGGAAAACAAAUUCAGGAUGAACAAAUUGAACAUGGUCAAACGGAACCCAUUCAGAAUGUUUCGCAAAACGAGCAUAAACAGGACAAAGCUCUUGAACUAAUCGAGGAUUUGGGGCAUUCUACGGUGCUCACACCGGAAAAUAAUUCUAAGGUACUUCGAAAGAUUGAUCUUAGGCUUUUACCUAUUCUUUUGGGGAUCUACUUUCUGCAGCAACUGGACAAAUCGACCCUUUCAUAUGCAUCGGUUUUUGGAUUGAUUGAAGAUGCCAACCUCAAAGGCCAACAAUAUUCAUGGCUGGGGUCGAUCGUUUACCUCGCACAGCUCGUUCCUCAGCCUAUUUUGGCCUACAUCUUGGUGAAAGUACCACUGGGGAAGUUUCCGGCAUGUACAACUUUCCUCUGGGGCAUCGCCGUAACGUGUAUGACACCGGCAAACACGUUUAAGGGGUUGUUGGUUUGCCGACUGUUAUUGGGACUUUUUGAGGCUGGAAUCCCCCCGGCUUUCAUUGCAAUCACCCAAAUGUGGUAUCGUCAACUCGAGCAACCUAUGAGACUUGGCUCAUGGUAUGCAAUGAAUGGUGUAGUGUAUAUGUUUGGAAGCCUUAUCACAUAUGGUCUGGGCCACAUAGAAUCCUCUGUCCUUAAGCCUUACCAGAUCAUCUUUUUGUUCUUUGGUCUUAUUACUACUGUAUUUGCCUUCGUCGUGCUGAUGUUCAUGCUUGAUUCGCCGGUGAUCUCUAAGUUCCUCAAUGAAGAAGAUAAACUUGUGGCGAUCGAGAGACUUCGGAUGAACCAGCAAGGAAUCGAAACCCACGAGUGGAGGUGGGAUCAUGUCAAGGAGGCUUGCCUUGAUGUCAAAUCUUUCUUUUGGUUCGCGCUGAUGUUCUCCAUCUCGAUCCCUAGUGGCGAUAAAGAUUUUACGGAUAUAUAA